CGCAGGUGGGGUUGAGCCCGUUCACGUGGUACAUCGCCAACAAGCUGUGAGGAGAUACGUUCUGUUUUGGGUGCAGCAGAAGCACGUUAUCCUUCCCCAAGCGCGGUCUUUUUCUCUUGUUCUUGACGAGAAAGCAAACGCACGCUUUACCCAGCCAUCCCAGAAUAGCGUUUCUCACAUGUCCGUUUAGCGUCACAAAGCCUUCCAACAUCAUCAUGUGUUUGCGCUCGACGUGCACUAGCGUCACCAUCUCAAACUUCGGGGAGUUUUCCGGAACCUACCGGGAGAUUGCUGGCACCAGCUCCUACGACGAGCUGUACUACAUGGCCGCAGGGUCCGAGUACUACUACGUGUACCUUUCUGGUGGGGCAUGGUACAUACAACCAAACGUGGUCGACUACCCGAAGUACAGAACAUACGACGACGCCGCACAUCCCGCGGACAUCACCCAGAGUUGGAGCGAAUGCGAUGCUCAAUUUUGCGACUACGUAGAAAUUACAACAACCAUGACCAUCACGUGCGCGACAGCUUGGUUGUUUCUUUCUCACCCGCGUGCGGCUUGUGUAUCCGUUGCUAAAUCCGUAAAAACUGCAGCGACGUGCACUAACAUCGCCGUCUCGGACUUGGGGAGCUAUUCCGGAACCUACCGGGAGGUUGCUGGCACCAGUUCCUACGAAGAGCUCUUCUACAUGGCCGGAGGGACCGAUUACUACUACGUGUACCUUUCCAACAGUGCAUGGUACAUAUCGCCUAACGUUGUCGACUAUCCGAAGUACAGGACAUACGACGACGCCGCACAUCCUGCGGACAUCACCCAAAGCUGGGCCGAAUGCGAUAACGUUUACUGUGACUACGUCGAAGUGGCGACAUCGAUGGCCAUCACAUGCGCGGCAGCGACGUGCACUAGCAUCGCCAUCUCAGGCUUAGGAGACUUUUCCGGAACCUACCGGGAGAUUGCUGGCACCAGCUCCUACGACGAGCUCUACUACAUGGCCGGAGGAACUGACUACUACUACGUGUACCUUGCCAACAGCGCAUGGUACAUAUCGCCUAACGUUGUCGACUACCCGAAGUACAGGGUGAGUCAAUUCAAUAUCAGAACUCGGGAGGCAUCCCCGCAGCUGACCUGGGUUGGUGGUAACCUUGCGUGA